UUCUCCAUCUCGCUAACAAUCAUAUAAUGAAGUUUGCCCUGCUUGCCGUGUGUGUCCUUUCCAUUCACGUAGCUUGUGCGCUCUCGCUCAAGACUCCGGCGGCCACCGCGGCAACGGCAGCCUCCUUAUGGAAAGAUCUCGAAGCUGGUCCACCGGACGCUAUUCUCGGUAUCGCCCAGGCCUUUCGGGCCUCCACCGAUCCCCGCAAGGUUAACGUGUGUGUGGGUGCGUACCGGGACGCCGAAGGUAAUCCUUGGGUACUUCCCUCCGUUCGAGCAGCCGAACAGGUGUUAAUGGCGGACAACGACAACAAGGAGUACCUGCCUAUCGAAGGUGACGCGGAUUUUGUCAACAAGGCCCUGGCGUUUGCCUACGGCGACGAAAUGGAUGUUCAUCGCAUAGCUGGAGUGCAAACGUUGAGUGGGACUGGAGCUUGUCGAAUUGGGGGACAGUUUUUGAGCACCUUUUUGCCUGGACGGACGAUUUACAUUCCCACACCCACGUGGGGAAACCAUUGGAAAAUAUUCGCUGAAUGCGGUUUGCAAGCCGCACCAUACCGUUACUACAAUCGUGCCACCAACGCGCUGGAUUUGGACGGAUUGCUGGAGGAUUUACAGGAAGCCGAGGACGGCUCUAUUAUUCUGCUGCAUGCCUGUGCGCACAAUCCCACCGGCUGCGACCCUACAUUGAAAGAUUGGCAACGCAUUGCCGAUGUUUUGGAAGAAAAAUCGCAUGUGGUCUUUUUCGAUUCGGCGUAUCAGGGCUUUGCCUCGGGCGACGGCGAAAAGGACGCCGCCGCCUUGCGCUACGUGGUGAAGCGUGGGUUGCCCGUCUUACUAGCGCAGUCGUUUGCCAAAAAUUUCGGACUCUAUGGAGAACGCUGCGGGACCCUGUCGGUGGUUUGUGGAGAUGCGGAUCAAAAGGACCGUAUCCUGUCGCAACUAAAGUGCAUCAUUCGACCAAUGUACAGUUCCCCACCGAAACACGGGAGUAGCAUCGUGAGGACGGUAUUGUCAGACGAGAAGCUGACAUCUCAGUACUACAAAGAAUGCGCCACCAUGGCGGAUCGUAUUUUGGACAUGCGCACCAAGCUUGUAACCAAAUUGUCGGAAGUAGGCUCCAAGCAUGAUUGGUCGCACGUGACGGGCCAAAUUGGUAUGUUUGCCUUCACCGGCAUGUCCAAAGAAAUGUGUGACCAGCUGACGAACGAAUACGAAAUCUAUUUGACGAAAGAUGGGCGUAUUAGCAUUGCGGGUUUGAAUGAUCAGAAUCUCGAGUACGUGGCGAAGGCUAUCCACGCUGUCACAGAUGGCCAGAGCAUUACUACCGCAUGAGCAAUUGAACCCGUGUAAUAAAUAAAUUUUGGUAAAUAAGUG